UUGCUUCUGAUUGGCCCUUUAUGUAGACAUCCCGGAUGUUGAUUGUAGUUCGUCCUGUUCCAAUUCCUGAACUGCGACUAUGGCGGAGGUCAGGCGAAGAGUUUGCAGAGAAGCUGGUAGAUUCGUAGCACUGGCAAAGGGAUCUAAUCGGGCAUCAUUCAGGAUUGAUGGUAAACUGUCAGUAGGAGCGGUCCCGGAGGGUGCCUUGCUUAACGGAACGAGGAAAGCAAGUACCGUUAAUGUAGCCCAGCUCGACGACAGCGAACUGACUAGAGGCGGCUGCCGAAAAUGGCAGCUGUCUCAGCCUGACAGGGUCACUAGCGAAAGUUUUAUGGACAGUAGAAACUGUACGGAACAUGUGAAACUGAGCCUCCCGGUAGAGGAAAAAUGCACCGGUCUGUCUAAGCCAGAGGACAACGCCGUUUCGUUAAAGAGAGGACUUUCUCAAACUUCGGAUACGAUGGACACGAUGUCAUUGGAGGUUAGCGCUAAGAACCUUGGACAAUUUACGCACAACAUUCAGGAGAUGACUGACUGUCAGAUUGGAGACGUGGACUGUAAGGGUGAUUUACAUGACUGGUUUGGCACUGAGGAUCUAUCAAUGGGUGAAUCGCAAUGGCCUGAAGACUGCCGUCACCUGCUGUCCGACAUUUGCGCACAGAAACAGGUUCACAAGAUCAUAUCCCUGAAGAAAAACGCCUUUUUGACAUGUGUCACCAACUUGACGAAUCAACAGCAGCAGAGAGGGUUCUAUACUCUAUUAAACCAGACUGCAGUGCAGUGGAAUUUCUUUGUGCAAGCUGGAUAUUCCGGGGCAAUGUCAUUCGCCAGAGCUUACGGCUGGCGCGGACAGAAUGGCAGUUCAGCGGCACCUCCACUCUACAGAAGCAGGACUGCUUAUUACGAUAUCCUCCAGGUGUCCCCGAACGCCACGCAAGCUCAGAUUAAAACGGCGUACUACAAACAGUCCUUCAUGUACCACCCGGACAGGAACUCGGGGAGCGAGGAGGCGACGCUGCGCUUCUCCGAAAUCAGCGAGGCUUACACCGUCUUGGGUAGCAUCGCUCUGAGGAGGAAGUAUGACCGCGGCAUCUUGAGUCAGUCUGAUGUUCAAGAUGCCGGCAAACCCUCCUCCAGAGAACCGCGGAGCUCUAGCCCCGCGGGGCAGCAGCAGCAGAAGCCUCGAUACACCCACACCAACGCUAUGGGUGACAAAAAGAUGUUCGAUUUUGACGCCUUUUACCGUGCGCACUACGGCGAACAGCUGCAGCGGGAAAGAGAACUUCGCGCGCUGAAGGAGAGACUACGAGAAGAACAGCAGAAGGAGAAAGAGAAGUGGAAGUCAGACAGAAUGACAGAGCUUUCUGUGCUGAUGAUAAUGGCAUUGGCAUUCUGUAUUUUUGCCAGAAUGUAGUCUGGAAAUUAAUUUACCGGAACCCGGGGGGUUUCAGCGAGGA